AUGGGUCUAGGAAAGACAAUCCAGGCAAUUGCAAUUGCUUACUUCUAUAAGGAGGAAUGGCCGCUUUUAAUAGUGGUCCCUUCAUCUCUGAGAUACCCUUGGACAGAAGAAAUGGAGAAAUGGAUCCCAGAGCUAAGUCCAGAGGAUAUCAAUGUUAUUCAGAAUAAAACUGAUAUUGGGAGAAUAUCUACAAGCAAAGUGACAAUUCUAGGUUAUGGUCUUUUAACCACAGAUGCAGAGACUUUGAUAUGUGCAUUGAAUAAUCAGAAUUUCAAAGUUGUUAUAGUGGAUGAAUCACACUACAUGAAGUCCAGGAAUGCAACCCGCAGCAAGAUUUUACUACCAAUAGUACAGACAGCCAAACGAGCCAUUCUUCUUACAGGAACUCCAGCCUUGGGAAGGCCUGAAGAGCUUUUCAUGCAGAUUGAAGCUCUCUUUCCACAAAAAUUUGGAACAUGGACCGAGUAUGCCAAAAGAUACUGUAAUGCCCAUAUGAGAUUUUUUGGUAAAAGGCCUCAGUGGGAUUAUAGAGGGGCAUCAAAUCUGAAUGAACUUCAUCAUCUACUAAGUGACAUAAUGAUUAGAAGAUUGAAGACUGAUGUUUUAACCCAGCUGCCCCCUAAAGUCAGGCAGCGGAUUCCCUUUGAUCUUCCAUCAGCAGCUGCCAAGGAAUUGAAUACCAGUUUUGAGGAGUGGGAAAAAUUAAUGAGAGCUCCAAAUUCAGGUGCCACCGAGACUGUCAUGGGAUUGAUUACUCGCAUGUUUAAACAAACUGCUAUUGCCAAGGACUAUAUUAAGACUCAGAACUAUUCACUUAAAUUUCUGGUGUUUGCUCAUCAUUUAAGCAUGUAAGCUUGCACAGAAGCAGUCAUAGAAAACAAGCAGUAUACACGCUACAUUAGGAUAGAUGGAAGUGUUCCGUCUUCAGAAAGAAUACAUCUAGUUAAUCAGUUUCAAAAAGAUCCUGAUACUCGUGUGGCUAUCCUAAGCAUUCAGGCUGCUGGCCAGGGUUUGACAUUUACUGCUGCAACUCAUGUUGUAUUUGCUGAGUUGUAUUGGGACCCUGGUCAUAUAAAACAAGCAGAAGACCGUGCUCACCGAAUUGGACAGUGCAGUUCUGUGAAUAUUCACUACCUUGUUGCAAAUGGGACCCUAGACACCCUUAUGUGGGGAAUGUUGAAUCGAAAGACACAAGUUACAGGGAGCACACUGAAUGGUCGGAAGGAACAACUUCAGGCUGAGGAAGGUGAUAAGGAAAAAUGGGAUUUCCUGCAGUUUGCUGAAGCUUGGACUCCAAAUGAAAGUUGUGAAGAGCUCAGGAAUGAAAUUUUGUUCACUCAUUUUGAAAAAGAAAAACAGCAUGAUAUUCGAUCAUUCUUUUCACCAAAACCUAAGAAAAGGCAGUUGGUGACCUCCUGCGAUGAAUCAGGGAUAUUCCAGGAGAAAAAUACUGUCGUUUCGGCAAACCCUGGAAAAAUAGCCACAAGACAUAUCAUGGAUUAUGAAAGCAAUUUUGAGCCUGAAGGUAAAAGAUUAAAGUUGGUUACCGCCAAUGACCACCACAGUGCCCCAGAGGAGAAGCCAUCCUGGCUCAGGCAAACCACGGCUCCUGCCCAGGCAACCACCCCACCUCUUCCUGGAAAGGGCUGGCCGUGUGGCCUCUGCACCUAUAUCAAUAACUCCACGUUACCGUAUUGUGAAAUGUGUGAGAAUCCUCGAGGCGGUGCUGGUGAUUGUUUGAUUUUCAUAAUUCUACAAAUAGAUAGCCUUGGCGAUACCCAGGAUACAAAUGAAAAUGGGAAAGGUGAUCCUCAGAAAGACACAUACAACAAAGCUGGGACUAGUUCUGACUGUGAAAAACAAGGCCUUACACCCUCAGAACCUAAACCGUUGGCUGAGAGCAAGGAAGAGAUAGCAAAAAUUGAGAGAGAGGAUGGACUCACACCGCAGCCAGGUGAUGAACAGUUGAAGAUCCCAGACAGUUUGCCAGUGUACGAUACCUUAAUGUUCUGUGCAAGUAAGAAUACUGACCGGAUUCACCUCUAUACUAAGGAUGGAAACCAGAUGAACUGUAACUUCAUUCCUUUGGAUAUAAAAUUAGACCUUUGGGAAGAUUUACCAGCAAGCUUUCAGCUGAAACACAAUCGCUCCCUGAUUUUGAGGUUUGUUCGAGAAUGGAGUAGUCUGACUGCCAUGAAGCAAAAGAUAAUCAGGAAAAGUGGGCAGCUGUUCUGUAGCCCAAUUCUUGCUUUGGAGGAGAUCACAAAGCAACAAACCAAACAAAACAGUACUAAAAGAUACAUCAGCAAAGAAGAUGUUGCUGUAGCCUCACUGGACAAGGUCAAGAAUGAUGGGGGCCAUGUUCGUCUGAUCACAAAGGAGUCCAGGCCACAGGACCCUUCUACAAAAAAGUUCCUUGAUGAUGGAGUCUCUGUCCCAUUUCUAAAUCCCUGCAUAGCCCAAGCUGAUCUCGCUGUGAAGCCUUCUAUAUCCAAAGGCUAUCUGCAAGCUGUGGAUAAUGCAGGAAAUCCACUUUGCCUUCGCUGUCAGCAACCCACCUGCCAAACUAAGCAAGAGUGCAAAGUGAACGCUUGGGAGUCACGGUUUUGCUCUCUGAAAUGUCAGGAAGAGUUUUGGAUUCGAUCUAAUAACAAUUACCUGCGAGCCAAAGUAUUUGAAAUUGAACACGGUGUAUGUCAGCUAUGUAACCUAAAUGCACAAGAACUCUUUCUACGUCUGAGAGAUGCUCCCAAAAGUCAGAGGAAGACUCUACUGGAUAUUACCUGGAUCUCAAAGCUCCCAUUAGAACAGCUUAAUUAAAUGAUAAGAAACCCAGGAGAAGGGCAUUUCUGGCAGGUGGACCACAUCAAGCCCGUGUCCGGUGGUGGAGGACAGUGCUCCCUGGACAACCUGCAGACCCUCUGCACAGUCUGUCACAAAGAGAGAACUGCCAGACAAGCUAAGGAAAGAAGCCAGGGGAGAAGACAAUCUCUAGCAUCAAAGCAUGGAUCAGAUAUCACAAGAUUUUUGGUAAAGAAAUGA